UCAGCUUCCUGUUUAGUGUAGGAGGACCUAUGUGCUCUCUCUCUCACACCUGAAAAAGGCUCACUUGUCUGAGUUUGACUCACAAGGCACCACAGGGGAAACUUAGCACAAACUUUUCUGAACAGUGGCAUACAGUACAUUCUGUAUACUUCAUACAAGACUUGAGGACUAUCCAAAGGAUUAACAUCACAGCCAAGUACAUCCAAGACAAUGCAGUGAAGCAAACAUCCACCCAGCGAGGCAAACAUAAGAGCUCCUGACAGAGAUGGGUGGUGGGACAAGCAAAGAGUCCAGCACACACGUCACACUUGCGGACCAGGACGGAGAAACAGCAGUCACACUGGAAAGCGGCAGGUACAUGUCUGUUGCGCUGUACGACUAUCCAUCCGGAGGGCCGACCGAAUGCUGUGUUCGCGUGGGAGAUAGACUCACCGUACUCUCAGAUGAGGGUGAGUGGUGGAAAGUGAAGUCAUCGGUUACUGGAAAAGAGAGCUACAUUCCCAGCAAUUACACUGCCAAGGUUUACAACAGAUGGCAGUAUAUAGGCUUAAGUAGGGAGAAAGCAGAGGAACUUCUUCAGCUGCCAUACAAUGAGGCAGGCUCCUUCCUUAUCAGGGAGAGUCAGUCUGAGCAUGGCGCCCACUCCCUGUCCGUGCGCAGGAGCACCGGCUCUGACUUCCGCGCAAUCAAACACUACCGUAUCCACCGGCUGGAGAACGGCUGGCACUACAUCUCCCCCCGCCUCACCUUCCCCAACCUCCAUGACCUGGUCGAGCACUACUCAGAGGUUAGUGAUGGCUUGUGUGCCAUUCUGAGAGAACCCUGCUUCAUCCAGGGCUCCAACAACGUUCCCGUGGUAACGGGCCCCCCACCCCAGGUCGUCAGGAAGCCAACCCUGAACUGGAAAGAUGUAAACAGCUCCAUGAUCUUCGGCACAGGCAAAGAAGAGCUGGAGGAGUCGCCUGUCAGUGAAGGCCUGAGGGAGGCGAUCAGCUCAUACCUCUACAUGACUGAGGAGUUGGGGGAGUGCGAUCAGAACUGGGACACUUGACAGACGUGGGAGAAGACGUCACAGAGGAACCAAGAUGGCCAACUGAUGUGGAUCGCACUGGGGAGCUCAGAGUGGAAUCUCUUGAUUCCAUCAAAGACUCUUUAUUCAUGAACUAUCAAAUGGCCAAAGAGGAUAACAGUAUCGAGAUCCACAAUGCACAAUCUUGUUGUAAAAAAAAAGUAUUUUUUACAUGGUACUUUGAAUGCUGAGUCUAGUAAACCUCUGAAGGUUACUCUCUGAAACAGGUCCAUGGCAGGAACGUUGACUUCUCCACUGUUAGAGCGAAAUGAAAGACGAAUUAGUCCAACUCAGAUCAUUUAAUAAGGUCCAGUGGCUCUGUUCUACAGGGUCAGCAGUCUGGUGCUGCCUGAAAUACAGCUACAAAACAAUGAGCUGAGGUUUUGAUUAAAUCACAUAAAGCUCUUCUCAUAUGACUACAAUACGAGCACACAGUGUAUUGGAUCUAAUGCGUCUGGCCUGAUAGCCUGGUGGUGCCAGAGUACACAGAAUCAUGUCUGCUCGGUCUGACUGCAAACUGCAAAUUACAGUGAGAGAUAUCAGCAGGAGGUCACUGUUACAUGAGGCUACUGGGCACGUCCUCUCCCUGCAAGUAGUCACUGUUUAGAGUGAUGAAUGAGAGGGUUUGUGCAGUAGAGAGAGGAGGUUGCUGGGCAAGUCAAGAGCAUCGCUGGGUAACUCAUAGUUUGCUUCUGAUGAGUCAGACUGAACUUAUUGCCUGGCAAUGAUGAGGCACACGAUAGUGCUGCUGAGAGCACAUUUGUAGCGUAGCAAAUAUUUGAGUUUCUGGGAACAGUGUGUCUAAUUUGAUCAUAUAUUUAGAUAAUUUAUGUGAACCUACAACUGAUUCAUUGACUCAGGCAGGUAACAAUGAUCAGACUAUCUUGGGAGGCUUUGUCUUCACACAUUUCACAUGUUCAUGUUUUCUCUGUAAGAAACCACAGUGUACCAGGAAAUGGUGUGUGUGUGUGUGUGUGUGUGUGUGUGUGUGUGUGUGUGUGUGUGUGUGUGUGUGUGUGUGUGUGUUAAAGACAAAGAGAUGUAGUCGAUAGUGUUGUACAUUUAUUUUAUCAAACUAAUAAACAAAGAAGACAGGA